UCAGACUGUACCGCGCAUGCGCAGCUGCACUGGCCUGGUGCUGUUUUGUUGAGAGCUUGGGAAAAGAGAGUAACAUUUAAUGAUCCAGAUGAAUAGAAGAUUUUAGCCUAGUAGAUACAUGAGGUUUUUUUUCAAGGCUGCUGGAUCAAAUUGUCGGAUCAGAUUGUUUAACGUCAAAAAUGAAAGUGUGAAAAUGAAAUAAGCCACAGAGAUGAAGUCUUCUCUUUCUCCAAAAAGUUUGCAGGAGUUCUGUCCUCCUGUCAUGAGAUCUUGCCUGGCCCCCGGCAGCCCCUCCUGCAGUUGAUGACUCUGCAGCCGGUCUGGAGAUGACAGACAGUGUCAGAGCGUUUCUCCGCAAUGUUGCUACGGGGAUCAAGGACUCCAUCCUGGGCAUCACAACCAUCUCCAAGCUGGAUGCCCGGAUUCAGCAGAAGAGGGAGAAGCAGAGGAGGCGCAGAACAAGUGGGGCGCUGGCGAUGAGACGGGCUCAGAGCGAUGAGCGAAAACAGGACAGAGAACCUAAACUAGCGAGUCGAAUUUUUCAAUGCUGUGCCUGGAAUGGGGGUGUGUUUUGGCUAAGUCUGUUGUUGUUUUAUCGAGUGUUCAUCCCACUGCUACAGUCCCUCACUGCUAGAAUCAUAGGUGACCCUUCAUUGCAUGGUAAUGUGUGGUCCUGGCUGGAGUUUAUUCUGACGUCUGUGUUCAGUGCUCUCUGGGUUCUGCCUCUAUUCGUGCUUAGUAAGAUAGUCAAUGCUAUUUGGUUCCAGGACAUUGCUGAUCUGGCAUUUGAAGUGUCUGGACGUAAAGUUCAGCCAUUUCCCAGCGUCAGUAAGAUCAUUGCAGACAUGCUCUUCAAUCUUUUGCUCCAGGCCCUCUUCCUCAUUCAGGGAUGGAUUGUGAGUCUCUUCCCCAUUGAUGCUAUUGGUCAGCUGGUCAGUCUCCUGCACAUGUCUCUGCUCUACUCACUUUACUGCUUUGAAUAUCGCUGGUUUAAUCACGGAAUUGAGAUGCACCAAAGGCUGUCAAACAUUGAGAGGAACUGGCCGUAUUAUUUUGGUUUUGGUUUGCCCAUGGCACUACUAACUGCGCUGCCCUCUUCAUAUAUCAUAAGUGGCUGUCUAUUCUCCAUCCUCUUCCCGCUCUUCAUCAUCAGCGCUAAUGAAGCAAAGACACCAGUCAAACUCUACCACUUCCAGCUCCGCCUCUUUUCCCUGGUUGUGCUCAUCAGUAACAAACUGUUCCACAAGACGGUGCACCUGCAGAGUUCCCUCACGCCCUCCGCGUCCAUAGAGAAACUGCCCUUACCUCACAUUUCCCCGAUGCGCCAGCGACCUUUACCACCCCAGUGACCUCUUUCAGGAUUUGUAACUCGGUUCAGGUUAAGAGGAAUCACGAUAUACAGAGGGUUAGGGUUAGAAAAGGAUUUGCAUUCUGUUUAUUUGAAAACGUGUCUCAGCCCUGUCGAUGUUGUUUUGGGGGAUGAAGCAGACCUGUUAGUAAUGUGAAUGGCCUGUGUUUGUGCCUAUUCCACACAUGUGGAUACACACAAGGUCUUGAUUCCUACUCUGUGUGAUUUCGUUGGACUAUUUUUGUACCCUUUAUGUGCCAUUUGGGUGAUUUUUAGAGUUUUCAAAAACAGCACAAAGACUUCUGUGUGCACAUUUUAUGUGAACUGACCAACCCUCUUUUAGGCCCCAUAGUUGACACAUUUUAUCUAUUUAUGGCCUUCUUUUUCAUUUCAUGUAAUGACUUUUUCUGCCUUGUGAGGCCCAAAAGGUUAAGACUAAGCUUUGACAUAGUUGCUUAUCUAAUGACCUUAGAAAUGAGUGCAAAAGGACCCGGACGUCCUUAGAUUGCUUUAUUUUCCUGCACUGAAAUCUGGGAAAUUAUCAAAUUGAAAGGCCUCUUUAUGCAAGGGAUGUUUCUUGACCUACAGUAUAUUGUUAUUAUCUGCUACCAGACUUUUUAAAGCUACUUUCUUGACUAUAUUUCAGCUUCUAAAAGGAAAAUUCUGUCAUUUACUCCCCCGCAUUACUUUUUUUUUUCUUCCAGUGAACAUAAAAGGAGAUGUUCACGCUGUUAUUUUCAAUACAAUUAAAGCAAAUAGUGACCAGGGGCUGUCAAGCUCCAAAAAUGACAAAAAAGCUAUCAUGUUUGGCAUCAUUGACGGGAAACCUGGCGCAAUGCAUGUUGGCGUGCCACAUUUGAGCGCUAUGGCAGAGAGCAAGAUUUUGCUCGACUUUUAUGGUACUUUAAUGGUGCUUUUUUGUCUUUUUGGAGCUUGACAGCCCGUGGUCACUAUAUGCUUUCAUGACAUAGAAAAGAGCAGCGUGAACUUUCUUCAAAGUGUUCUUUUUUUGUGUUCCACGAAAUAAAGAAAAUCAUAUGGAUUUUAGAACAACAUGGAGGUGAGUAAAUGAUGGCAGUGAGUUUUUAUUUUGAGCUAAACUGUUCCUUUAAUGUAAAAAUUUAAAACUCAAAAGGGAGCUGCUUUUAUUUGAUUUUAUUAUUAUUUUUUAAUAAGUUUAAUUUUGGGAAUUCCAUGUCAACAUGAUCCGGUGCUGUCCAUAAUGGUUCUGGGAUGAUUUCCAACAGUUAUUUGAAGGUAUGCACAAGCUUUACUCUUCUGCUGCUGUCAGGUGACACUGCCAAACUGUGUUAUACGUGUGAAAUGGCUCUUUAAAUGAUCCGGUUUCUGAUGAAUGCUGGCGUGUCUGAGUCCAGUGGAUGUCCACUGAAGUGUAUUUUCAUGGAGCUCAAACCUGGAACCUGGUUGUGAACAUAUAAAACUGAAGCACACACUAAAGUUUUGAUGUCCUUGUACCUGUGGGGUGGGUGUAUUUUAAAAUGGGUUGUAACUGUCGUCAGGAGGCUAUAGUAUUACACCUGCAGAUGGAUAUUUGUGAGUGAGAUUACAUUGUUUAAAUAAAUUUGGUCUGUAUACAGUACUUUUUAUAGAGCGGUCUUGUUGUUAUUAUUAUUUUAUAUAUUUUAUUAUGUCUUAAAGGGAUAGAUCACCCAAAAAAAAAAAAAUAUGUUUUAUUUAUUCACCCUUAUGUUGUUACAAACCUGUAUGGCUUUUUUUUUUCUUUUUCUGUGAAACACAAAGGGAGAUGUUAGGCAGAAUGGUAGGGACUGUCAGGCUCAGUUACAAUCCACUUUCAUUGUAUGAUAAAAAGAUGCAAUGAAAGUGAAUAGUGACUGAGGCUGUCAUUAACAUUCAGCUUAAGGCAAUAGUUCACCCAAAAAUUAAAAUGUUCUCAUUAUUUACUCACCCUCAUGCCAUCUCAGAAGUUUGACUUACUUUCUUCUGCUAAACACAAACAAAGAUUUGUUUGAAGAAUAUCUUAGCUCUGUUGGUCCAUUCAAUGCUAAUAAAUGGUGACUAGAACUUUGAAGCUCCAAAAAGCACAUAAAGGCAGCAUAAAUGUAAUCCAUACAACUCCAGUGGUUAAAUCCAUCUCUUCUGAAGUGAUAUGAUAGGUGUGGGUGAGAAACAGAUCAAUAUUUUAGUCCUUUUUUAAUGUAAAUCUCAACUUUCACUUACACAUUUUUGUUUUUUUUGGCGAUUCACAUUCUUGCAUAUCACCACCUACUAGUUGGGGCUGGUAAAAUUGGUAGAGAUUUACUUGCAUUGUAUGUACCUACAGAUCUGAUAUAUUGUUCUAAAAAUAAAAGAAAGUCAUAUACAUUUGGGAUGACAUGAGGGUGAGAAAAUUAUGAGAGAAUUUUCAUUUUUAGGGGAACUAUUCCUUUAACGUCUCUGUUUGUGUUCCACAGAGGAAAAUGUCAUACAGGUUCAUGAGGUU